GACGCGACGAAAAUCCGUUGAGGACAACAACCACCAGAACAUAGUAUGUUCCACGACAAAACUUCUGCAAUUGCACAAGGUCUGGCAGAACCUUCCUCAACCCUGGUAUAAGCGUAGCUAGCUUGGCGAGGAUUAUUCUCUGUAACUUAGGAGCAUCCGACCGGGAAAACGGAAAGUCUGAGAAUGAAUGAUGCCCAGGAGAGCGAAAGCGGCACGUCCAAUUAUUGGAAAGACGAGGUGAGGGCUCCCCAGAAUUCUAUUUCUUCCCGAUGGAAAGCAUUUACAUCCAGGACAACUCUACAUGGGAUAAAGUACAUCUUUGAAAGAGGUCUUUCCAUACCUAGAAGGGUUAUUUGGCUAAUAUUCCUUUGUGCCUCUACUUCAGUCUUCGUGUUUCUUAUGACCAAAAGCAUAAAGAGAUUCAUUUCUCUGCCAGUAAAAACAGUAAUUACGCAAGAGGUGCCACCUAAUGGCCUUAAAUUCCCCGCUGUGACCAUCUGCAACUUGAACAACUUUAAAAAGCUAGGGUUGAACAUAAGUGGGUGUGGUGAGAUAAAAGAGGCUCGAGGAAAUCUCACUUGCGGGCAAGCGUUACUCUGCGCUUAUUACAUGUACGCACCCGCACUAGUGAAGGGCUGCACUGCAACAAUACGCCAAAACGUAAUCGACGCGCUCAACCGUUCCUCUCACCGUCUGUUUAACGACGAAGAAUUUCUCACCAGCUAUGGUCAUGACAUGGCUGGAAUGUACGUGCUUUAUUGUCGUUUCAUGUUGCAAGUCUCGUGUUCCGAUAAAGACUUCAUACCAACCAUUACCAAGGACGGUUCGUGCUUUACUUUCAACUCUGGUUACAACAACACUCCAGUGCUGUAUUCUAUUAUCGAAGGUCCCGAACUAGGAUUGAACAUUUUAUUAGAUGUUCAAACGAAUGAAAGCACUGUUAGUGACUUUUCAAGCGGACUGAAAGUAAUAGUUCACGACCAGAACACCUACAUCAACCGCCGCAGUGGAUUUAACAUCGCUCCUGGCACACAUUCGUCGGUUUCAGUUAGAUUAAGAAAGCACAUCCGACUUCCAGCACCAUACCAAACGAACUGCCGACAGGAUAGACUGCCCGGGUUUGGUUCCUACACGAAGGACGGCUGCGUCUCUCAAUGCAUAGCAGAUUAUACCCUUGCUCAAUGUGGAUGCCGCCGACUUGGAUUGAUAGAACCAAAGACAAAACCUCUCUGUUCUCUCCAGGAUGACCAAUGUCUUCAAAAAUCUCGAGGCGAUUGGAAUAUCUCAGACUGUCACUGUAGCAACGCAUGCUCAGAAAUGGAAUAUGUAUCCUCUGUUUCUUACUCCAAAUUUCCUGAUGCCUCGACAAUUGAAAUUUUACGUCACUUCUUGGGGAAAUCAGAGACUUCUAGUUACAUGAGAGAAAACUAUGCUCUGCUCCAGAUCGGCUUCACGCGUUUAGCUUACGAGAGGCUUGAAGACAUUUCUAGCUAUGGAACCGAAAGUCUGUUUGGGGAGUUUGGUGGCAACAUGGGCUUGUUCCUUGGUUGUAGCUUACUGACGUUGUGUGAGUUCCUAGACUUUUUUUGGGAAACCCUCGUGUUCCGGAUCAGAAAACGUACUUUUCAAGUAAAUGUGGACAUGAAAGAUACCAAUGGCUCUCUGUAAAGUAAAGAAAACAU